GUUGGAUUAUUCAUGAAUAAUAAAAAGGUGAGAUUAUUAAAAGAAGACCGCUGAAAGGUUGGAUUAUUAGUUUCCAUUUUCCCUUUCCAAUUUUAUCAUAUGUUGGAUAUGCAGCGUGUGCUUAAUGAUGGUCCGUGGCACUUUGAUAACCAUCUCCUUAUCUUGGAAAGAAUGGGGGUUAAUGAUUUACCAGAUCAGGUUCCAUUAUACUAUGUGAACUUCUGGAUCCGAGUUUAUGGAGUUCCUAUGAUUUUGAUGACCAACGAGGUUGGGGCUGCUCUGGGAAAUUAUAUUGGUCAGUUUCUGGAGUAUGACAAAAAGAAUAACAUAGGGUUUUGGAGGAACUAUAUGAGAAUCAGGGUUAAAUUAGAUGUUCGAAAACCACUCAAACGAGGAAAGAAGAUUAAGGCUAUGGAAGGGGAUGUCAAGGAGGUAAAAUUCAAGUAUGAACGUCUGAACACGUUUUGCUAUCUAUGCGGCUUACAGGGACAUGCUGAUAAGCAGUGUGAUUUGCUCUUCCAAAUGGAAGAGGAUAAUGGGAUAAAGGGAUGGAGUGCAGACUUAAAAGUGGAGAGGAAAAAGCAGGGAGGGAUGAAUAUAUGCAGAUGGUUGAGGGAAGAAUGUACUGAGAAUACUAGCUCACAUAUAAAUAAGGGGUUGGGGGCUGUGCAAGAAGGAUUGGAAGAUGAGGAUGAUGAGAUAUCCUUGGAUAAAAAAAAGAAAAAGGGUUCUGGAGAGUACAACGCAGAUAGUAACGAGGGAGAGACAUGGAGAUGUAUCUUACACAAAAACUUUUUUUGGGGUGGGUCCUGGUUCCCAGGCCCACCAGGACCAAUGAUAGUCUUAAGUUGGAACUGUCGGGGCUUGGGUCACCCGAGAGCAGUUCCAGCCCUUAAGGACCUAGUCCGGUGUCACAAGCCGGAUGUGAUUUUCUUAUGUGAAACUUUAUGUGGGUGGAAUAAAAUGGAAGAGGUUCGUAGAGUUUUGGGUUUUGAAGCAUGCUUUGUUUUUUAUAGAGAAGGAAGGAGCGGCGGUUUGGCUAUACUAUGGAGGAGAACUAACACAUGCGAAAUUUUAAAUUAUUCAAAGCACUUUAUAAAUGUAAUUGUAAAAGAUGACAUGAAUAGCUCAUGGAGACUUACUGGGUUCUAUGGUAUACCAGACAGAGGUAGAAGAUGAGAAUCAUGGGAUAUACCGAGAGCAUUGGCAAAUCACUCAAACCUUCCUUGGUGUAUCAUGGGAGAUUUUAAUGACAUGCUUCACUUAAAUGAAAAGAGGGGUAGGGUGGAGCAUCCACAAUGGCUGAUAAAUGGGUUUAGGGAGGUGGUGCGGGAAUGUGACCUGGUGGAUAUUCCUCUACAAGGGAGGCAAUUUACUUGGUGGAAGAGUCUUGGGACUGAGGAUGCAAUUGAAGAAAGGCUUGACCGGGCAAUGGGUAAUAAUGGUUGGCUUGAUAUGUUUCCCCUAUGUCGUCUUACCAACCUCGUGACUAGCCAUUCAGAUCACUCACCAAUUCUGUUAGAAACGGAAGCACAAACUUAUAUCUUUCAUAGAAGACAAUUUAAGUUUGAAAAUUCUUGGUUGACUGAACAAGAAUUAAAUCAAGUUGUUGAAAGAGGAUGGUUGAGAGGAGCUGAUGAUCCCAUUUUAGAGAGACUGAAUUUAUACACGAAGGAGCUUGAUACAUGGGGAAGGAAACUGAGAAGAAGAUAUAAGGAAGCCAUUGAUAGAUGCAAAUCUCGCAUUGCAGAAUUAAGAGAACUAGAGACAGAGAGAGCUGGCAGGGAAUUGUUGUAUCUGCGGGAGAGGUUGUCUCUCCUUUUAAUACAGGAGGAGCAGUUCUGGAAACAACGGGCUAAGGUUUUUUGGAUGCGUGAUGGGGAUAUGAACACCAAGUUUUUCCAUGUUGCUGCAACAACAAGGAAGAAGAGGAAUAUGAUUCUAAAACUGCAGAGGGAUGAUGGUACAGUGGCUACAACGAGGAAGGAUCUUUGUGAAGUGGGUGGUGAUUACUUCAGGCAUUUAUUCACAGCCUCACCUGCAGAUUAUGAUCUAGUCACAUCUGCAAUCCAGAGAGUGGUAACUGAAGAUGACAACAAAAAACUUAUUGGGGAUUUUUCUGAUAAUGAGUUUAAAGAGGCAUUAUCUGAAAUGCAUAGUGACAAAGCCCCAGGCCCGGAUGGCCUUAAUCCAGCUUUCUAUAAACGCUUUUGGGAGUUAUGUGGGAGGAAUAUUUCUAUUGCUUGUCGGACUUGGUUGGCGGAGGGAACUUUACCAGCUUCAAUGGGAGAAACUAACAUUGUUCUUAUACCGAAGAGUGAAAACCCAUCUUCCAUGAAGGACUUUAGGCCAAUAUCUUUAUGCAAUGUCGUUUAUAAAAUUUUAGCUAAAGUUUUAGCUAACCGUCUAAAGUCGAUACUUCCAAAGUGCAUCUCCAAAGAGCAAUCAGGUUUUGUUUCGGGUCGCUUUAUUAUGGACAAUGUUCUAGUAGCAUCUGAAAUAAUUCACUACCUUAAAUGUAAAACAAGGGGUAUUCAAGGAGCAGCUGCGUUGAAGAUCGACAUUAUCAAAGCAUAUGACCGGAUUGAUUGGGGUUACCUUUUUUAUGGUUUUAGAAACUAUAGAUUUCUGCCAGAAAUGGAUUGGAUGGAUGCGUAUGUGUGUAACUUCGGUUACAUAUUCAUUGCUGAUUAAUGAGGAUAAAGUUGGCCCGAUCAUGCCUCAGCGAGGACUGCGACAAGGAGAUCCUUUAUCCCCGUAUCUAUUCAUCCUAUGUGCAGAGGGAUUCUCUGCUCUUUUACAGAAGGCUGAAAGAAGAGGUGAGAUGCAUGGUGUGAAGAUUUGCAGGGGUGCUCAUGUGAUAAGUCAUCUUCUAUUUGCAGACGAUAGUUUCUUGUUCUUUAGAGCAACUGAGGAAGAGGCGGAGAAGGUCCAUAGCAUAAUAACCACCUAUGCGAUGGUAUCAGGGCAAUGCAUAAAUAUGCAGAAAUCGGAAAUCAUGUUUAGCAGUAAUGUUCAGCCUAAUAAGCGUGAACAUAUAUCAUCCAUUUUAGGUGUCCAGACGUGUUUAGGGACGGGUAAAUAUCCGUGUUUAGGGACGGGUAAAUAUCUGGGUUUACCUUCCAUGAUAGGCCGGAACAAGAAAGCUAUUUUCUCUUAUAUUAAAGAAAGGGUGUGGAGGAAAAUCUCUUCAUGGAAGAGCAAAAUGCUUUCUCAGGCCGAACGUGAGGUUUUAGUGAAAUCAGUGGUGCAAGCUAUCCCUACUUAUUGUAUGAGUGCUUUCCUUCUGCCGACUACAUUACAGGAAGAACUUGAACGGAUGAUGAAUUUUUUCUAUUGGGGUUCAGCUAAAAGGGAAAGAAAGGGUGUUAAUUGGCUUAGCUGGGAGAAAUUGUCAGUGCGUAAGGAGCAUGGGGGCUUAGGAUUUUGUCAUCUACAUGGCUUCAACUUGGCAUUACUGGGAAAACAAGGUUGGCGUUUCUUGGCCAAUCCGGAGGCUACAGUUUCUAAACUCUUCAAAGCUAAAUAUUUUCCGAAGGGGGACUUUCUGGGAGCGGCUUUGGGCCAUAAUCCUAGUUAUGUGUGGCGUAGCAUCUGGUUUUCCCAAGCACUGGUCAAGGAGGGCUUUAGGUGGAGUAUAGGUGACGGGAAGCUUAUUAGUGUCUGGAAGACACCAUGGCUACAGAAUGAGGAGGAUCCAAUGGUGCAUACCAUGGCAGCUCAAAAUAGUGAAGGAUUGAAAGUGUAUCACCUUAUUGAUGGAAAUAAAGGAGGUUGGAAUGAGAGCUAUAUUCGGGAUAUGUUUCUACCCAGAGACGCGGAGGAGAUUCUUAGCAUUCCUUUGGUGCGCCAAGGUAAAGAAGAUACGCCGGUCUAGCAAUUUGAUAAAUAUGGCCGCUAUACUGUGAGAAGUGCAUACCGUGUAUGCAUGGAAAAGUUGAUAAGCAUGGAACAUUUAAAACGUGAAGGUGCCUGGGGGAAAUUGUGGAACUUGGCUGUCCCGUUUAAAGUCCGAACGUUUCUUUGGCGGGCUACCAGGAAUUGUUUGCCAAAUCGUAUGUGUCUUCGGAAAAAAGGAGUUGCAUGUCCGUCUUUAUGUGUUCUGUGCGGAAUGGAAGAGGAGCAUAAUUGGCAUUUGUUUACUCAAUGUGGUCUUAGUAAAAAAACUUUGAAAAUUGCAGGUCUUUGGCCGAAGAUAGAGGAAGCUUCACACCAUGUGGAUGGUUUUAGUGAGUUAGUGUGGUUGCUGCUGCAGAAUCUGGAGGAAUGGGAAUGCAAAAGGGCUGCUAUGGUACUAUGGAGCAUUUGGCGGGCUAGAAAUGUCAAACACUGGGAUGGUGUGGUAAAGACUGAGCAUCACAUUAAUAUGAGGGCUGCUGACAUAUUGAAAGCAUGGGAGACUGCUCAUUAUCAAGGGCGAACACCGAAUAGGAAUGAGAGAACUAACAAUGCAAGAUGGAUACCGCCGCCAAGUUCGAGGGUCAAAAGCAACGUUGAUGGUGCUUUAAUAGCAGGUGGUCGAUUUGUGGGGGCAGGUCUUUGCUUGCGUGACCAUAUGGGUAAAUUUCUUGGUGCAAGAACGUCUUGGCUUCGAGCAAGAAUGAGUCCUAGUGAGGCAGAAGUGUGGAGUCUGCUACAAGCUCUAUUGUGGAUGGGAGAAAUGGGCCAUACAAAGGUUGAGUUUGAGAUGGACUGUAAACAAGUUGUUGAUGAUCUUAGACUGGAUAAAAGAUAUCUUUCCGAGUAUGGCGCAUUGAUACAAGAAUGCAAAACAAUGUUACAAAAUCGAAAUGAAUAUUUUGUCAUUUUUACUAAACGGCAAGCCAAUGGUAGUGCACAUGCUCUUGCUAAGUCAUCUACCUGUUAUGCUUCCCGUCAAGACUUUUUUCAUCCUCCGGAUUGUAUUCAACAUCUUAUUAGUAAUGAAAUGAAUUAGUCUUCUUAAAAAAAGCUAUUUUAACGCGCAAUGCGCGAAAGCUAAUGCCCAA